UACACGCGGAGAGCUGAGUUAAGCAGGUGCUGCUGUUUCAUUCACACACUUCCAAAAGCACUUGUGUUCACGUCCAGCUGGAAUUGCUGUAAUAUAGCACCUUUACUUCCAUCACUGCUACAACCAUUAGAGGUGUCUGCUUGAUAUACUGAAGACAGAAGAGAUGGACAGGAGGAUUGUGGGGAGGGGAGGAGUUAAAAGGAGCAAAUAUAUAGUGCCAUGCUUCCUGUUCGUAGAGCUGGUGAUCAUGGCAGGAACGGUUCUCCUGGCUUACUACUUUGAGUAUACGGACACGUUCCCGGUGCACGUUCAAGGAUUCUUCUGCUUCGAUAAAGCCUUCUCCAAGCCGUAUCCAGGACCUGAAGAUGACAGCAGAGCUCCUCCGGUGCUGGUGUAUUCGCUGGUCACCGCCAUCCCCACCGUCACCAUUCUGCUGGGGGAGCUCGCAUCCUUCUUCACUAAACCUGAGGCCAUGCAGGAGAAGACAAUUGUUACGGCUGACUGCUGCUAUUUCAACCCGCUGCUGAGACGCAUUGUCCGCUUCCUUGGUGUGUAUUCCUUUGGCCUCUUUACCACCACCAUCUUUGCCAAUGCAGGGCAGGUAGUGACAGGAAACCAGACACCUCAUUUCUUGUCUACCUGCCGUCCAAACUACACAGCACUAGGCUGCCAUUCACCGCUGCAGUACAUCACAGAGCGGCGAGCGUGCACCGGAAACCCUUACCUCAUCACCUCCGCCCGCAAAUCUUUCCCCUCCAAGGACGCAGCGCUGAGUAUGUACUCAGCUGUCUAUACAGUGAUGUAUAUAACUCUGGUAUGGAGGACUAAAGGCACAAGGCUGACCAAACCCACUCUCUGUCUGACUGUCCUCUCACUGGCUGUUCUGGUGGGCAUCGUGCGUGUAGCUGAGAACCGCAACCACUGGUCUGAUGCUCUAGCUGGAUAUCUCACCGGAGGAGCUAUCGCCGCUUUUCUGGUCACAUGUGUGAUCAAUAACUUCCAGCAGACCCAGCCUCAGCUGCCACCCUUACCGCCCCCUGUGCACCCUCCACGCCAGGAGCCCUCGCUCAACAUGCCCAUGGUGGCCAUGCCCUGCGUAGAGAGUCCACUCGAAAACAGGUUCCAGGGGUUUUGUACACAGGCAUCACAUGACCAUCAGCCAUACCUGGUCCCCGCCCCUCCCGAUGUGCUCAUCCACUCACGUCGCUCCAUCUCCUGCGCAGUCUAGACAUGCCUUCGGAAUAUUCUACCUGCGCUCGCCCUAGACCCUCUGUCACAAGAUCAUACUCCACUCAGGUCUAGAGGCUCCCCGUACUCACCUCUACUGCCCCCUACUGGCUGACAGAGACAAUGACAGCAAUAGCCACUCAUUUGAAUCGGGAUUAUUUUGUAAUGACAGCCUCAUGCUUGUCUGAAUCCUCAUAGUAUCUGUCUCUUAUCUUUUGGGUGGGUGUUUUGUAUUAUUUUUGCUAAAGGAAAGUGUUCCAACUGAUAAUAAUCUUCCAUCUCUGUAAAUUUGCAGUGUAUUUGCAUUAUUAAUGCCAGACAUUGACAUUCUGUGUACAUUCUAAAAAGAUUUUCUCAUCUAACAGCCAUACAGAAACUGUGAAAUUUAAGAUUUAAAUUAACAUCUACUGACAUUUAAGAGUGAAAGGAAGAAAAUCGAUUCUAUUUUUGGAAAUAUAGAUUGGUAGGAUGUAGCAAACUACUAUUAAGCAUAUUUGAAAGAUAAUAAAUAGAUUGUUAGCACUAUUUUUAUGGCUAAGUAUUGAAGUUAAGUAUCCAUGGAGCAAAAUAUUGCAUUAUUCAGAAAUAGGGUUAUAGAGAAUCAAUAGCUGUACAGAGACAGUUUUCAAGACUAUAAUAUAUUUAAUAACAUUUCAGCACCAGUUAGGUGGGAUGUGAAGGAGACAAAUAUGUACAGGAUUUAGCAAAUGUUUUAUAUCUUACAUUGUAUAAAAUGUGAAUGUUUUCCCUUGGGAUUUUCCUGCUAGAAUUAUUGACAGUUUAAGUCAAUUUAGUGAUAUAAUCCAGAACCAAAAAUACAGAGACUAAGGAAUCACCUCAGGUUUCAUCCUAAGGUAAAUGGGAUACAUCUUACCAACUGUCCGUGUCUCACAUAAGAUUAUAUAAUAUUUUGUAAAUAACUCUUUUUUUUUUUUUUUUUU